CGUUUGUACGCUGGCAGAUCCAGCUGCAAGGGGUUCCGGCUGUUCACACCUCACCUUGCAUACAAGGAAAAGUUCACGUCGGUGAUCUUUGCUCUGCACUUAUCGACUGUUACACAGAAGUUUUCAAUCUCAUCUGUUCGAUAAACCUGGAUGAGACUAUGGGCACUUCAGUGGUAAUUACUAGAGAAGGCAUGGGUUCCAAAUGUAUGUUGCACUUCUCUGAUGAAUGUACCCCUGGCAUUAUCCCAAACAGCACUUUCCCAACCACUUCAUAUUAUUUGGAAAACAGCACGGAUUUUUUUGACUUUCACACGAACACAGUGAACACCCUUAUCCCCAUCAGUAUUACCGCUGUCUACUCGCUCAUUUUUGUGGUGGGUACGGUGGGCAACUGCCUAGUUAUGUAUGGGAUCGUAAGGCACACCAAGAUGAAGACAGCUACCAAUAUUUACAUUUUUAAUCUUGCUGCAGCAGAUGCUCUAGCAACAAGCACAAUGCCUUUCCAGAGUGCUGAUUAUUUGUUGGGAUCUUGGCCAUUUGGAGAUACAUUGUGUAAAAUAGUUGUCUCCAUUGAUUAUUACAAUAUGUUUACGAGCAUUUUCACAUUGACAAUGAUGAGUGUUGACCGAUAUAUUGCUGUGUGCCAUCCAGUGAAGGCAUUGGAUUUUCGUACCCCUCUGAAGGCAAAAGUGAUAAACGUUUGCAUCUGGAUCCUUGCCUCAGUUAUUGGCAUACCCGUUACAGUGCUGGGGGGCACUGGGACAAGGAAUGGGAGUGUCGAAUGUGAGUUGAAAUUCCCACAACCCUACUGGUACUGGGACACCAUACUGAAAAUCUGUGUUUUUAUCUUUGCCUUUGUUAUCCCUGUUCUCAUCAUCUCUGCAUGCUACAGCCUGAUGAUUCUGCGUUUAAAGAGUGUGAGGCUACUUUCUGGUUCCAGAGAGAAAGACAGAAACUUGCGUCGAAUCACUCAUAUGGUCCUCAUUGUUGUAGCAGUUUUCAUCAUCUGUUGGACUCCCAUUCACAUUUUUGUAUUAGUCAAAGCUUUGACAGAUGUGCCUGAAACUACAGUAGUAUCUGCCUGCUAUUAUUUCUCAGUAGCACUUGGUUAUACCAAUAGCAGCCUUAAUCCCAUUCUCUAUGCUUUUUUGGACGAAAAUUUUAAAAGGUGCUUCAAAGAUUUUUGCUGUUCCUCAGGGAUGAAGCUCGAGUGGCAGACCAGCAGCAGAGUAAGGAAUACCACACAUAAUACAUUGUUCCACAAUAGUGUAGGGAAUGCACACCGGGAAGUAUGACUAGCAGUGGAAAUGUCAUCUUUAGCACUCCAAGCAAGGGAUGACUUUCAGGACUUAGGUGUGACUCAAAUUACUUCUGAACUUUAAUUCUUCUUCUAAUGAGGAAAAUGAGGCCUAUUUAUCAUUACAAUACAUACAAUGAUUUGGCCUUCCAGUGCUCAUCGCCCACAGAGCAAAUGAUCAGUAUGCAUGGGAAAAUGAAUUCCACUUUAGGUUUCUUUGGCACAAAAUGACAUAUCUAGCAUCCAAGCUAGGUAAUUGGCAUUGAUUCUAAAACAGUGCUGUUUUUACAUUCCCAUUUCAUUGGGAGAUCAAGCACGUCAAAUUAAUGUGGCAGGCCUAUCAUAGACUGUGCUACAUUGGAUAUAUUUGGUUAUAUAAUUCCAAAGUUCUGUUUUCAAACUAAUGCUUUCAUUGUAAAAUAGCAACAGACAUUCUGCAACUUAAAGAAUUUCAAACCUGUAGUGAAAAUCUCAAAUCCGGUGAAAAGAAGCUGUCUACAGUCAAUCAUACACAAAAUUAUAUGUCAAAAAGUGAGCUGUUACUGAUUUAUGUAAAAAAUGUUGAGUAUUUCCAUUAUAUAAAGUAAAUAGUGUCAAAUAGCAGUAAGUAGAAUGUCAUUUUAGAAAAAUUGUUUAUUUACAAACCAAGGCCAAAAUGAAAAUAAAACAAAAUUGCAUACAAAAGUUUUAAGAGCAAAAGAUUUUGUUGGUGAGCUGUGGUUUAGGUGUAAAAUUUCAUUUAACAAGCCUAUGGCUCAAAGUUAAGUCUGAGUGUAAGUAACUAUAUUCUAGAACUGAGACUGAGGCAAUGAAGUGAGGUUUGGAAGAGGCAAUCAAGUCUGAAUCAAGAAGCCAAAAGCCCUUCUUUUAUAAUGCAGUGUGCAAUAGAAAGAUUAAAUAAGAUGCAACAGAAAGCUCACUGGAACGAAUUUUUCAACCAUGUACUCACCAUCUUCACUUGCCAGUCAGAAAUAUUGGUCUUUAUUAAAGUGUUAUUAGUUGUUGUUUUCAAUGUGACUGUGAAUUUAAAAAGCAAAUAGAACAUGUAUAAGUGUUUUACCUUUGCCACUGAAAUAUUGUAAAAUGUUUACAUAAUUAACAUAUUUCUAUUGUAAUUGAAGAAAAUGAGUUAAAGUGUCGUACAUAAUCUUCUUGACCAUGCUGUUGCUGGCUAUUUUCCAAAACUCAGAACUGUACCUGUGCUGCAUUUAAAAUUGUCAGAUUAUUUUUCUCUGGUGUUGCAAACUGUUCAGUAUUUUGGCGUAUGUAACAUUUUUAGAUAUGUUACCAGUCAUGUACUGGA